AUGUCCUCCUAUUUUGGCCUGCCGUGGUCCCCGGAUCUUGGAGAUUUAGACUUUUGGAGGGAGACCAGCGCCACGGGAUCCCCUGUAACGUUUCGGUUACCGCCAAAUCGACGGUCCCAGAUCAUGAGCCAGCUGAAACGGCGCGGCAUGCAGCCUGCUGUGAUGAUAGCUAACCUACAGCGGGCCAUAGACGUGGAGGCGGCGGCAAUAUCAGAACAAACUCAACCUGGGCUGGCUUACUUUGAUUAUGACAUAUAUCAUCCGUUAAACGAGAUAAAUAAUUGGAUGCUGUACAUGGCAGCGAAUUUUCCUCACCUUGUCUCCCUCAUCAAUGUCACGACAUCCUACGAAGGUCGUAACAUCAUGGCGAUAAAGGUGAUAACCAGUACUGCUGGCUCCCAGAGUGGAACUGCCAAGCCGGGGUUCCUCCUGACCGGAGGAAUGCACGCCCGUGAGUGGGUCUCCCCAGCUACUGUUGUAUACAUGGCUGGACAGCUCAUCGAACAAUACGAAGUCGAUGAGCAGAUCACGGCAAUGGUAGAAGCCAUGGACUGGUAUAUAGUACCAGUCGUAAAUCCAGACGGUUAUGUGUACAGCUGGACAACGGAUCGACUGUGGAGGAAAACCCGGUCCAGGCGCUCCGGCCAUUGUGUUGGUGUUGAUCCGAACAGAAACUUUAAUUGGAAAUGGUGCCAAAAAGGAGCGUCAAGAAACCCAUGUAGGAGCGAUUACUGUGGUCCCUUUGCUUUUUCGGAGACGGAAGUGAAGGGUGUGGCAGACUUCAUGAAAGCUGUACCCGGGCGGUUCCAGGCCUACGUCGAUGUCCAUGCCUACUCCCAGAUGUGGUUAUUGCCCUGGGCUUACACCAGAACUCUUUCCAAUAGUCAUAAACGACUGGAUGACUGUGCAACCGCGGGGGUUAGAGCCCUAACAGCCGUCCACGGAACCCGAUUCCGCAAGGGCACGGUUGCCAGAAUACUGUAUACAGUAUCAGGCUCAGGCAUGGACUGGGCGCAUGGGGCUAUUAAAAUACCAUACGUAGCCGGUCUGGAGCUCCGAGAUAGAGGCAACCAUGGAUUCCUCCUACCGGCCGAUCAAAUCAUUCCAACAGGGGAAGAAACUCUUCAGGGAAUAUUGGCCAUGGCAGAGCACAUAUUAGUGAAUCCGUAA